AUGUCAAAAAACAGCCUUUCCGGUCCAGUGCAAUGCUUACCCAGUUUGCAGUAUCUUCACCUGAGUGAAAAUCGACUAAAUGGAACGUUCCCUUUCCCAUUGUCCUGGGGAACUGGUACAUACACAAUGGAUCUACGGCAGAACCAAUUCAGUGGAAUCCUUCCAGAAUUGAUGCACAAGUCCUUUCCAAAGCUAAAAAUAUUGUUGCUCGAAGGAAAUAUGUUUGAAGGACUGAUUCCAAAUGAUAUAUGUCACUUAAGGUAUUUGCGUCUACUAGAUCUGUCUCAUAAUAAGCUCUCUGGGCAGCUACCUUCAUGCUUGAGCCAUAUGGGGUUAGAUGGUGAUUUGUAUAACUUCCUAUACAAUGACUCAGAUACUUCAGUAGUAAUGAAUGACACCGAUGGCUAUGCUGGGAGCGUAGUAGGUAGUUCUCCCGUGCCUGAAUUUUUCAUAGGACCAGACCAAGAAGAAUUCAUGACCAAGAGCAGGCAAGACAAAUACAAGGGAAACAUCCUCAGUUACAUGUCUGGACUUGAUUUCUCUUCAAACCAGUUGGAAGGAUACAUUCCUAAAAGUAUAGGUGACAUGAAAUGGUUACGGGCACUGAAUUUUUCCAACAAUCGCUUUCAUGGACCAAUACCAGGUUCCUUGUCACAUUUAAGUAAUCUCGAGACCUUGGAUCUGUCGCACAACAACUUGACAGGUCAAAUACCACAAGAGUUGGUGGAACUACACUCUCUGGAGGUAUUCAGUGUGGCGUACAAUAACUUGUCCGGUCCUACGUUGGGUAGAAACGGUCAAUUCAUCACAUUUGAUGAGAGCAGCUAUGCGGGCAAUCCAUAUCUCUGCGGCCCACCACUGCUGAAGAGUUGCUUUGAUGCACCGUUGAUUCCUCAGCCUAAAGAAGAUGAAGAUGAUAGUAAACUUGGCAAUCUUGCACUAUUCAGUUUUUCAGUGUUGUGCUACAUGAUUGGUUUCUGGACCUCCUUGGUUGUGCUUUAUUUCAAGAGAAGCUGGCGAUGGUCAUGGUUUUCAGCAGUGGACAGGCUUGGUGACAUUCUGAUGGUUAGGUCAGCUUUAUACAUGACAAGGUUUAACCGCACCGACUGA